AUGCCAUCGCACGACGCCAAUCGAACCGCGACGAAUGAUGGCGCACCAUCGCCCAGCACCAUGGACGAAUUCAUCCCUCUGCUCUACAAGCUACUCUUGAAGACCACCGAGAACAUUUCCAGCCAAGACACACCCAAGAGCUCCAACAGCGAAGGCGAUGCCGAUGAUGCAGAGCCGGCCGAGGGCCCAGGAUCCAGACUCUCGAUCAAGGCACUCGUCGAACGCCCAGACAAAGAAAACGGAGAGCUCGAAAUCAUCGAGAAGGACAAGUACUCCAAGUCUCAAAAUGACUCCAAGUUUGCUUCCCACGCCCUCGUCACCAAGCAGACCUUCGACGCCAAGAGAAACCUCGAAAAGACGACCGUCGAGAUCAACUCACCCCACAUCCGAGCUGCACUCAGCCAAGUCGUCAGCUACUACCCCUCCGAGUCCCUGAAAUUCGGCCAAGAGGAUUCGGUCGUCUGCAAGAGCCCGUACGCCAUGCUGCACCACCACAAGACCGAGCUCCACCAAUACGCCGCAAAGGCGGUAGAGUCCGGCAACGCCGAAGCAGACACCAUCACGGCGCACAUCAAUCUCCUUCUGGCCUUCCUCGAGUCGGAGAUGGGCGAUGAUGGACCUGCGCUCCGCAACAUGGUCGAUGCUGGCCUGAUUACCUUUGACCUGCUCUGGGCCAUCUUCAAGCCCGGCGACGUCCUGUUCGCCUCCGAACACGGCCAUCCGCGUCUGUACCGGUGCAAGAAGGCUGCGUACGGACACGCACUGCAGGGCGGGAAAUACUUCGACGUCACCUGCGAGUUCACCAACGGCGAUGGCCUGAGGGCCGGCACCUCCACCGUCAGCAUCAGAAUCUGGCACGGCGAGGUUUUCGUCGGCACCGGAACUACUGCCAUCGACAACCUUCCCUUGUUUCCCUUGAGCUUCCUGCGCCACCAAGACGACCUCGAGGAGCGCCUCAUUGAGAGAGGCAACCGCUAUCUUGAUAUCCGCGGCGUUACCACCUGGGACUACGAGGGGCUCUUUCUGUACCUGAAGAAUCCUCCGUACGACUACUACAACGAGUGUGCAUCCUUCAAUGGCAUCUGGCUCCCUCACACGGCCUCGCACCGCGUCGUAGUCGAUCCGAAAACCUUUGUCGAGGAGGCCACCAAACACGCUCAGGGCUUUGACUGCGACGAUGAUGAAGACGACGACGACGACGACGACGACGACGACUGCCGCCGCCGCGACAUGGCCAGCCAGAAGCCCUCAGCCUUCUCCAACGCCACCGCUGACCCGCUCUUCUGCCCUCCCUUCGUCUUCGGCUUCUCCCUCGAAACAAAGCAGUGGUGCAAGCUCUUCAUCGACUCCCUUAGCCCCGUCCAGUGGAUCCCCAACGCCAUGGACUCUCUCAUCAUCCCCCCCGCCCAGCGGCACCUUAUCCAGGCCCUCGUCACUGCGCACCGCUUCCCGGAGAACGCGCGCAACGAAGCCAGCCUCAAGGGCAAGGGCCUCAUCGCCCUCCUGCACGGCACGCCCGGCAGCGGCAAGACGCUGACGGCCGAGCUGGUGGCGGAGCAGACGCGGCGGCCGCUGCUGAAGAUCUCCACGGGCGAGCUGGGCUCGUACGGCACGCGCAUCGCCAUGGAGAUGCAAGGCCUGCUGACGUACGCCUCCAUCUGGCGCGCCAUCGUGCUGAUCGACGAGGCCGACGUCUUCCUCGAGGCCCGCAGCAGCGGGCCCGACCAGUUCGAGCACAACAACCUCGUCGCCAUCUUCCUGAAGCAGCUCGAGUACUUCCAGGGCAUCCUGUUCCUGACGUCCAACCGCGUCAGCAUCUUCGAUCCCGCCAUCCGGUCGCGCCUGCACCUGGCCUUGCAGUAUCACGCCCCGGAUGCCGAACGGCGGAAGCAGAUUUGGAGGCAGCAGUUGGGCCGCGUCGAGGCCGAGGACAAGGACUUGGAUCUUGACAGCGUUGUGGAGAGGACGCAUCGUGUCGAGAUGAACGGAAGAGAGAUCUCGAAUGCGGUGAAUACGGCGCUUACACUGGCCAAGAGCGAGCAUGGGAAACUGGGGUUGGAGCACUUGGAGAUUGUGCUGAAGGUGUGGGACGACUUUGAGUCCACUCUGCGGAAUAUCGAGGAUAGCUCGUAG